CACGUUCACUGCAUACACACCGGUAACGACCACGGGACAAGAGGAGCUUACAGAAUUCGGGCGAAUAUAAUAGUUGACAGUUAAUUGUGUGCGCUUUUACGCAUGUAUGUUGACUUCCCGCUCUUUUACGCGUCUUGAAAGGUGAAUGUUGCUGUGUUGUUAGUGAGACUUUAAGCGUUUUUUAACUUUCUGCGCUCAGCUAUGACCCUUUCCAAUGAGUUUGAAGCGUCCCAUCGGGCUUGCAUGCCCCUGGAGCAGGAUGAGAUUGACAUAGUAGGAGAGGACGAGCACCUCCACGACCAACUCCGACUUUACAGAGGAAAGAGCGCCACGGAAACUGUCUCGUCAGCCGAAUCCAGUGUGGAACUGGACUGCUCAGAGUUCGACUCCUCGGGAGAAAGCGAGAGCGGUUUCUGCACAGACGCGCCUUCCUCCGAGAGGUCUCAGAACGGCUCGGCGAAGCCUCCGUACUCUUACAUCGCCCUCAUCACCAUGGCUAUCCUACAGAGCCCAAUGAAGAAACUGACGCUUAGUGGCAUCUGCGACUUUAUCAGCAACAAGUUCCCUUACUACAGGGAGAAGUUCCCAGCCUGGCAGAACUCCAUCAGACACAACCUGUCACUUAAUGACUGUUUCAUCAAGAUUCCACGGGAACCUGGCAAUCCAGGCAAAGGCAACUACUGGUCUCUUGACCCUGCCUCUGAAGACAUGUUUGACAAUGGCAGCUUUCUCCGGCGCAGGAAGAGGUUCAAGAGGAACCAGCCGGAAUAUGUGAAAGACGGGAUCAUGUUUUAUCCAAACUUCAGCUGCUACCGGCCAUACACAAGGCCUUACGGAGUCCAGGGCCGAGUGAGUGUAGCGUCCGCACCUAUUCGGUACAUGCCAUUGCAGGAAGGUCUCGUGAUGGCUCCUUCCUCGUACCAACCAUACCCGAAUCUCAACGGCAACGAGAAGGCCAGCUGCCCCAAAGAGUUCAGAGUGCAGCUUGGCGCAUCUUUAUCUUCAGGACAGAAGCCUGAGCGCGACACACAAGCAAAGUGUUCAUUCAGCAUCGACAGCAUCAUGAGCAAGACGUCCGCCUCUGUCUCACAGAACCAGAACCCUCGCUGUUCCGUUGACUAUAACCACCUUUUUACGGGCCCCGCCGCCUGUUUGGUUCCGAGCAUUCUACCGGCUCCAUUACGGACUCCGUUCAGCACAAUGUUCAGUGCUGCCCCCUCCUUUUCGGACAACGUCCAAUUACCUUACCCAAGUUGUUAAAGACUUUGCGACAAGCAAAGCCGCUUGUCCCUAUCAGAAAGGUGAUAACAUAAUUACUUCAAAAGGAUGCCCAUAAGUAUUUCUCUAAGAAAUUAUUUUAAUUGCAUGUUAUUUAUGUAAAUGUAAAGUUAAAUAUGUUGAACUGAAUUUCUGUAAAUAAUAAUUGGCUGAUAAUAUAUAUUGUAAUAUUUGCCUUUACUAUGAAAGCGCAAAUAAAAGUGCAUGGAAAAUAGGCUACCGAAAUGUCUUACAGGCCUAUUUUUGUGUUUUGUUUGUGUUAGGCUACAUGUUUUUAGAAGAUGCAAAUAAAUAAUAUGGCACAUU